AAACAACUUGACAAGUGUUUUAAGUCUUAUUUUAUACAAGCUUCCGAACAAUAGUUUAAGCUCUGUCAAGGUACAGAAACACCUGAAAAUUUAAAAUGAGCAAAAUAAUUUUUCUAUUCGUGGCAAUUUUCAUAACCGUUGACGCACAUUUAGGUUAUCACAAAGAUCAUCCUUACAAUCAACAUUAUGCAGAACAUAUGAAGAAAUUCGGAAUUGACCAUGAAUCACUUGAUUUAACUGAAGUAGACAAACGUGAAAAAACUUUUUUGAAGCACAUGAAAUAUUAUGAUGAGCAUAAUAAAAACUAUCCAUACCAUAAAGUAGGACCAACACCAUUUUCUGACCGUGAACCUAAGGAAGUAACUGAUGAAAUAUGUAGAACAGAACGUCAACCAACAAUGCGUUCAUUGCCAGUUGCACCAUCGAUUGUUCCAAAUGUUGCAGGAAUUACAGCACCUCCAUCGUUAGACUAUAGGCCUUAUAUUAAUCAAAUUUUAAAUCAAGGUGGAUGUGGAUCAUGUUGGGCAUUCAGUACUAUGUCAAUGUUGGGAAUAUGGAAUAAUUUGAGAACUAAUGGUGCCGUCAACACUAGCUACUCCCCACAAUUUGCUGUUGAUUGUGAUACGACUGAUAAUGGAUGUGAUGGUGGAUGGCCAACAAAUUUAUUACUUUGGUUAAACAAUAGCGCUCAAGCCAGUGCUCCAAUCUCCACUGAAUAUCCAUACACAUCAGGUACAACUAAAGUAAGAAAUACUUGCAACUUGACUCCAACAAAGCAACCAUUGUACUUUAAAAGAAUCUAUGAAGUGAACGUUUUGGGAAAUGUUGAACUUGCAAAGCUACUUCUGUAUAUUUAUGGACCAAUGGUAACAGCUAUCUAUGCUCCUCCAUGUACCUCAUUUAUGAGUUACAAAAGUGGUGUCUAUGUUGAUAAUUGUGGAUGUCCAACUGGUUCUGUAUGUAAUCAGGUCAAUCACGGUGUGGUUUUAGUAGGUUAUGGAACUGAUCAAACUAAUGGCAUGCCUUACUGGCUCUUGCUCAAUUCUUGGGGACCUAAUUGGGGAGAAGGUGGAUACAUUAGAAUGUAUCGUGAUCCUUACAACAGAUGCAAUCCUAUAUGUUUCUUGAUGGGUGUUGAAUAAAAUGUUAAAAAAUUUAUAAGUUCCUGAAAAUUGCAAAAGAUAAAGAAGAAGCAAUUUAAUCAAUAUUUAUGACAUUGACAUGGAAGUUGGCAACAAGUUUCCUGUCUCGUCUCUAUUAUUACACUGCUUUUCAUCAAUGAA